AUGGAAGCAACUUUGGCCGCAGCAGAAAUACUGAUUACCAGAUGGGAGUGCAAAAAAACCACAAUAAAAAUGCUCUUUCAGAGCACUGCAGAAGAAGUCCGUAUAUACAUGGAAACCGUUGACAAUCUCCAACGGCUCAUGGAAUAUUUGUCUGCCGUUGGCACAGAUGCUGCGGGAAUCAUCCGUGCACAGCGGCUAAUGAAAAUGGCCAUGAUCCGUCUGGAGAAAGAGUUUCAUAAAAUUCUAUUAUCUAACAGCAAACCCAUCGAUCCUGAUCGGGAGUCAUCGGCUCGUCCCAGCUUCUCGAGCUCCAAUUGUCUGUCAGUAAACAGACUCUGUGAAUUCGACAUGGUUCCGUUGGACGCCGUGGUGGAUCUGCGGAGAAUAGCGCAGCGCAUGGCGAAGAGUGGGUAUGCGAGUGAAUCCAUCCGAGUCUUCGUUCUCAGCAGGAAGUCCGUGGUGGAAGAGAGUUUAUACAAUCUGGGCGUGGACAAGGUGACGGUAAAGGAUGUUCGGAAAAUGAAAUGGGAAUUUCUUGAUGAAAAGAUUAAGAAAUGGAUUCACGGUGCCAAAAUCAGCAUCCGAAUCCUGGUUGCCCGAGAAAAGCGGCUGUGUGAAGAUGUGUUUGAGGGGCUUGAUAAGAUGAGAGAUGCUUGUUUUGCCGAAAUCGCCAAGGAGACCACAGGCAGGGUUUUCGCCUUGGCAGAAGGAGUGGCAGCCACAAGCCUGACGCCGGAAAGGAUAUUCAGAGUGCUUGACCUCUACGAAGCCGUCACUGAUCUCAUGCGGGACAUCGAGGCCACAUAUUGUCAAAACUCCUUCCCAAGCGUGCAUGAGCAUAAGAUCGUGACCAAGCUGGGAGAGGCGGCCCGGGGAAUGUUGAAAGAAUUUGAUAAGGCCAUUGAGAAGGAGAAUUCUAAGGCUGCCAGUCCGGGCGGCAUUAUACAUCCUCUCACCAGAUACGUUAUGAAUUAUCUCACUUUUCUCUCCGAUUACAAGGAAACUUUGGUUAACAUAACUGCAGAUGCGCCUGAGGAGCUACCCAAGAGGCUACCCGACGAUUACGCCGUUCACAAUCCCUGUGACCCGUUGUCUGUCCAUCUCGGAUGGGCCAUCUUCCUUCUCCUGUGUAAGCUUGUCAAGAAAUCUGAUAUGUACAAAGUUGUGGCUCUGUCGUACCUCUUUCUCAUGAAUAAUCUUCACUACAUAGUCCAGAAAGUGAAUGGCUCCGAGCUCAAAUAUAUACUGGGCGAGGAUUGGGUAAGAAAUCAGUGGAAUAGGGUAAGGCAGUACGCUCUCAAUUAUGAAAGGAGCGCGUGGAUGAAAGUGCUGUGGAGUAUAACAGACGAGGAAGAUGCAGGGAGAGGUGGAAUUUCGUCCGGGCAAGGUCUGAAGGAGAAAUUGAAGGGAUUCAAUUCAGCGAUGGAAGAGGUAAAGAGAAGGCAUAGCGGAUGGGUGGUUCCUGACGUCGUGCUGCGAGAGAAGCUAGGUAUUUCAAUUACUGAGAAAUUGGUACCAGCCUACAGUUCCUUUCUUACCAGAUUCAGGAGCCAAUUUGAAAGCGAUACGUUGGUUAAAUACACACCUGAGGAGGUGCAAGAUUUUGUGCUGGACAUAUUUAAAGACAGGCCCUUGUCUGUGAGCUUCACGAGAUCUUGA